AGAGCCAGUUUCUCGUAGCUGCUCGCGCGGCGGCAGCCUGCGGCGGCGGCGGUGGCGGCGGCAUCGAACCGUGUAUCUCUCCCCUUCAGUAUGAAGCCGACGACCGUGGCAGCUGCAGCUGCUGCACCUGCCGCACCGUCCACCGCUUCGUCGUUGACGACGCGCGACUGCGACGCGCGCCGCUGCCGUGCCUCGUCCUGAUCCGCUGCGUGCGUGCUUGCAUACGUCUCUCCUGCGUGCCGACGAGUCGUCGGCGCCCGAGGAGAAUCCUUCGCGGGAUCCUUGCGGGACUUUGCUCCACGCGGAUCGAUCGUCGCGGCUGUGAACGGCCGCGAGCAAGGGGAACCGCGCGCGAUCGCGACACUCUUUCUGCACCUCCCUUCCGCUCUCUCUUUUGCUGCCUCUGCCGAUUCGCCGAGUCGUCAGUGCCGCGAGAUUCCUUGACGUGCACGUGUCCCACGCAGGUGGACAGAGAGACGUGAGAACGCCGCGCGUGUAUCCGGCACUCUGACCGCGUGUGAAGGAACUGGUGGUCACGCGAGAGACGAAGGAGGACGGAGGAGGACGUUUGAGAGCUGAAAGUGAAAACCUGUUUUCUUCGACGCGACAAUUGUCCCCGUGAUAACCUUGGUAAUUAGGCGAGAGAGCAGCAGGCCACACUCGGAUAGAGCGACGCUCGCCGCCGCGGCAAGAUUUCGUAAUGCCACCGCCGUAUCAUCGACUUCGUUAGCGGCGGGCCUUCGCAAUGGCCUCGAUCUUAGGAGACGGAACAGGCCCCGGUGGGCCCGGGCCCUCCCGAUGCCUCUUGCUGUUGCAGAGGUCCUUGGCGAUUCAGUUGACCAGAGGCCCGCCACCUCACGUCACGAAUACCGGUCAACGAGAGAGUCCGAAGGAACAUCCAGCCGACGAGAUGUGGAUGUACGAUAAGGGUUACAAUUUGUUUCAGAGCUUCUUGGAAGCGAAUUCCAAGUGCUGGUGGAACGCAGCUCUGGUGGACGCGACUCGGCAGCUCAGGUACAAGGGCCACGUGUCACCGGGCGUGCUGAUGGUUAGCGGACCGCCCUGCGCCCUCGAGGUCUUGAGGGCGGCAUGGGCGCGAAACGUUUUACGACCACCCGCGGACCACUCGAUCACCUGUCUCGGCGAUAUAGAAGACUGCCUGGUGGCUCCGGUUUCCCAAGGCCAGUUCACGCCGCUGCCAGAAGCCCUGUGCUGGGCCAUUCUGGAGCUCACCUCCCAGAGGCAGGCGGCGACCUUGGAUACCCUGAGAUCAGCCCUCAGGAACGCCUUCCCGGCCAUGCAGAGACCCAGCCGCGAGCUCGUUUACGACGCGUUAGCGAAGCUCAUGCAAGAACGAAAGAUCUAUCACACGUCCCAGGGCUACUUUGUCGUAACGCCCGAGACCAAGAGGCUCAGGCGCGACUCCGGUAGCUCCAGGCGGUGUUCCAGGGACGUGAAUGGGUCCAGGGGUCAGGGCAGCAUGCUGAUGAGUAACGACGAAGCGGUGGCUCUCGUGCACGGCGAGAUGCUCACUCUGAGAGACGGCGAUGUUACGCAUCAGGCUGUACAGACGAACCUGGCGGACGUUAUUUGCGGAGGGAAUCCCAACGACAAGGUCCUAUUCGCCAGAUGCCGGUCGAUGCCAGGCCGUCUCGAGAGGCGACACUCUUUGCGGCUUUGGGGAUCGGCUAGACGUUUGCAUAGAAGCGGAAGUUCGCGGUCUCUGCCACGGAGACCCGAAAGGAGCGACACGUCGUCCAGCGCGGAAUACGCCAGCACGGACAGCGCGCCUCACAGUCCAACCAGCUUUUCUGGGAUUUUUUCAGAGAAGAUAGGCCUGCUCUCCAGGCUCUUUCGGCGAAGCACACGGAGGAAGGGCGCACCGUUAAUGGGCACUUUCAGUGCUCAGUAUCCCCCCACCGAAUGGUUUAAUCCGCGCGUCGUGCAUUUGCAUAGCGUUGCCACGCAAACAAGGGCCGCCAGUCCUUCGAUGAUGGAGGGCUUAGACCAGUCGCAGGCCAGUUUCCAAGUGUGGGACGACUCGAGUUCCGUGCGAUCGGCCACUUUGCCGAGGCGACAUCGGCGUCAGGCCAGCGGUGAUUCCUCGAGCUUGUUGGCCAACUCGACGCCAAGGAGCUCUCGAAGACAUCGGUCACCGUGCUCCACCUUGCCGAGGUCCAAGUGCUCCAGCCUGAGUAGAUGUACGUCCAGAGCCUCCGUUUUGCCGCCCAGCACCACCAACCAGGAGGCAUAUCAGGCGCGCAACCAAGUGCAAAACGACAAGAACUCAACGAACUCAUCGCCCAGUAGAAGCGGCGGCAGUUCUGGCUCAGUUAGGACGAUGAACGCGAGUCCGGCCAAGACGACGACGUUAGGCAGACCCAACACGAGGCAGUCCAACUCCAGAAGGCCGAGUCACGAUUUCAGCAACGGCGGCGCAAAGUCUACCAACGGCUCUCCGCAGCAUAAAGUCCUACAAAAGACUUCGUCUGGCCAUUCAUCGCACUCCAGCGGCAAGUCCGUGUCCAGCAGCAAAUUGACUUGCUCACCACUGAAAACGGCCACGCUGUCGACAAAGUCGUCGCCGCUCAAAGUCGUCCAGCAAGGUUCGCUGACUCCUUUGCAAGAGGCGCAAAACUCGAUUACCCUUCAGGUAUCCACGAAUCUAAGUCCGGUAAGCCCGUCGCAAGAGCAACGUGCGAUACAGAAUAGCGUGACGCUGGCCUCUAACACGACCAGCACUACGACUAUUUCCGGCUCGCCCGGCACGAAGAUCUACGUUCAGCAAAACAAUUCACCGAUGAGAUCCGUGAUUACUUUCGAGAACGGCACGGUGAAGACGAAGAUCGCAGAGAAGGAAGUAAUUGACUGCAAGGAGAAGCAGGAGAGGGAAAUGGGCGAGAAGGCUUACAAGACCCGAGUGGAUGACGAGAAGCUUUUCAAAUCCAAGUUAGACGAGGAGAAGUUGAAUAAACCAGUUAAGGCCGAACGGCCGUCAUCGCUUUACGCUCCGAAAGAACCAAAAGUUGGCCUAUUGCUAUCCGAAUCCGACAAGGAGAACAAACCGAAAGUUGAAGAAGAAGUGCCUAACAAGCUGAAGCUAACAAACCGCCUAAACAACAGUCAAGCCCACCUGAUCGACGGUUCCACUAAUAACGUCGACAAGAACGCGCUGGCGCACGAGCACUCGGCCGCCGCGCUGUCUACCACGAAGAAUACGAACGAUGCGAUGAACAAUUCCCGUAAGCUUAGCCUAUCACUGUCCAAGGACGCGUUGAGCUACCGCAACCUGCUGCAUCCCGGUUCAAAGAACAACAUCGCGUCAAAUCCGCCAUCGCCCACCAAGUCAUACGACGGCUUCGGCGGCUCCUUCAACGACGUCUACAUCGAGAAUCUAGAGACGGCGAAGCAGCAACGAGCACCGCAGGGUUCCGAGCCUAAUUUAGAAAAGACUGUAAGCCGAGCGGAUCUGCACUCCUAUCCGAGCCUCAGCGACAUGCAGGUGCAAUUCACCAGCUUGGCGGCGCAGAAGAUCCUCAAGGGCUGCCCGAUCAACAGCGUGGACACCUUGGUGGAGGUGAACAUGGCGGCUGCCGACAAGCCGAACAACUGCGACGUCACGGUUCACACGGACUUCGGUCUCGUUUGAAUUAUCUUAUCCUCGUAAACAUUCCGUCGAUCGUGUACCAUCCAUCGCGGGGGCGCAAGUACCUCUCGCAAUUUCUUCCUAUCCCCGGACACAUUGCGUCCAUAGAAAACGACUAGGCGAACAAUAUCGAAGAAACUUCGCUAAUGUCUUGCUUCUCAUACAAGAUCGGGGAAUAGGGAGUUAUUUUUCUGUUUCUUUCUUUCUUUAGUGGGAAGGCCACGGCUUGCGUAAGAAUGUUAGACGGAACACGCAGUUAACAGUUACCAUAGACUUGUCGCCUAUGUACAUCUCUUCCCUGUGUCUUCAACGAGCGUACGUGUUCCCGAACAAUCGCUGUGCCAGUCCCGCUUGUGUUAUUAGGACGAAUAUGUCGUAGGGAAGAUCACGUAUGCGAGAAAGCAAUCGUGCGGCCUAAGUUCAAACUUGCUUGCCUUACCGAAAUUGCCUUAUCGAAAUACGUCUCUGCCCGAAAAGAAAAAAUCCUGUCUUCGAGAUAUCUUAUAUAUUUCUAAAUUCUCUACUCUCAACCAAUCAACUACUCAAGUGAUGUGUCAAUCAACUACUCAAGUGUUUACGGAAUAAAAACGUAGGAUAUAUUGAAUUUUGUUUUAACGAUCUGUGCUCUCAAAAAUCCACUGAAAUAAUUAGGGAAGCAAAAGUAUGUUUUAGUUAAUUGUGAAGGCAAGCGGUUGACACCGUCCCGUAUUUUGCACUUUGAAAGGUAUCGUAAAGAUAAAUUCUUAGGAACGCUUUCCUGGUAACCCCUUUCGCUAUUUAGAGACUCACGAGACAUUCCCGAUACAAAGUUUAUCGUUGUUUAUCAGUUUGCAGUUUUGUAUUCGAAAUAUCUUACACGAAUUCAUGGGUCAUGCGCCUUAUUAUAGUUGUAACGUCGGCGGUUUUGCAUCGCUUUACCGAGUUAAAGCGAUUUGUCAAAGCAUCAUCUCGCAUGCAACAAUAUGCGCAACCCGUAAAUAUGAUGAAAGAGAAACGAAGGGAUGGAAAUUUUACCGAAUUAAAACACUGCCAUUUUACACGCGCACGAUCGUCGUUUGAAACAUUCCAUUAAUCAUUUUGGCCGUAGUUAUGCGAAAAUGAUCCAAUCCACAUGGCUACGUUCCAAAACUCUAUUCGACGAGUAGAGUAGCAUUUAAUUGAUCAAUCCGAACAAAAAGAAGAUUUCUUUGAUUGAUUAAUUGAAUGUUACUCUACCCGCCGAGUAGGAUCUUGGAAGCCCUGGAAGUACAUUUCGAGAGAAAUGAAGAUGAGAAUUCAAUAUAUGAUUUUAAAAGUAUAGAUAGCAUGGAAGUUUUCUCUCUUCGCAAUCAUUCAAGAAGUCAAGCAUGGUCCAUUUUUUCUCUUUAAAGGUUUUCAUUGACAAGCUUAACUCUUUAAAAAAAUGAGUAAAAAAAUGCAAUUAGUAGAAAAUAAAAACUAUUUUUUAAUUAACUUUAGACGCCCAUAAGGCUUGAAUCUUUUUUGUUUUAUGUAGAAAGAUAUAUGGAUUACCCAGUGAUAAAAAAUCAAUUUUAUGAAUUGGAUCAUUUUCGCAUAACUAUAGCCGUUUUUUUUCACUUGUAUAUCAUCGCGAUGAUGAAGACGCUGAUUUUCAGCUCUUCAUAGUUCAAAGUGAGGUCAAGUGAUACAAUGAAAUUUUAGUAGCGAGAUUAUGUAUGUAUGUAGGAGUUCUUAUGAAACGACAGCGAUAAUUUCUCGAACAAUAAUGUCGCAAUAAAGCGGGGAACAAUGCCUUUCAAUAACGACACAUUAUUAGUCUCGUAACAAGGCAAGCUGGAGACACGCGACCUACCGACUCUUUUUAUUUUUUUGCGAGUAUAAAACGAUUGACUUAUAUAAUACAAUCGUUUUACAUUCGUAAAAAGAUAAGAAAGAAAGACUGGUGAGUCGCGGCUUCUCCUUGUGUAAACACACACAAGCAUAAUUAUAUAAUAAAUUAAUUACCGUCCCCCCGAGAAAAUCGUAACAUAGCAAAGAGAAAAAAAUCAAGAAUGAUCUGUGCUGCAUAGCCGCAGAGAUAUUUGAUAUCAAAUAUAUAUAUAUAAUAUACAUAGCGUAGAAGGGCGUUUACUUGGAACGCGCAGUCGGUACCAUUCGCAAUUAGUGCAAUCGUAAAUCUAAGUGCCAAAACUAUCGUAGUUUACUUAAACGACCGCCUUAACAAUUCCGUUUCGCACGGCGACUUCGUAACGCAGACACAAAUGCGUUCUCUCCGCGACGAAAGAAAGUAACGCCGAGCGUUAAAUCGCGAAGCCGUAGUCUUAAAAGCCGACAUAUUAGGCAGAUACGACUGGAAGAAAACAAAAAAGUGAGGAAGACGUGUCCGCUUUGUACAUUUCAUACUCUGUAUCGCAGAUUAACCGAUCGGUGAUGGUUCACAAUCCCUUGUUCAUUCUAUCUUAAGAUAGGAGACGCUGACUUUCUUUUAUGUCACGAGCUUUCUUUUCAAUGUUCACACAUGUGUAUUUAUUAUUGCGUUUUCUCUAUUAUAAUCAUAUUCCAAAUUAUAAUCAUAAUCAUGAUAAUUAUAAAAACAAGUGAAUAAAGAAAAUGUGUUUAUUCGAAAAAUAUAUUUUUUAUAAUAUAAUAUAUUACCCUAGCAGUACAAUACAUUGGGCUAAUAUUGAACCCAUAGUCAAUGUAAAAUCCAAUCUAUGGUAGCCAAUUGUUGGUCAAUUAAUAUGUGCUGCUCGGGUAUGUGCUUCUAUUACUUAGUUUAAUUUUACUAAAUUUUCUAUAAAAGGAGAAAAAGUUACAUAUACUGGGAAAGAUAACAAUGAUAUAUUUAGGAAAAGUUUCAAUUAAAAAAGAUCACAUUUUCUUAAACAUACAAAUUUUGUAACGCAUUCAUAAUGUAUUGCCUUUAUUCACUUGUAUCUGAGUACUUUUAUUUGAGAACUAUGUGUCCACUGAUUGACGCAAACAAUUAACAUGUGCUGUAAUUUGUAAAUUAUCAUAAUCAUUACUCAUAAUAACUUACAUUAUGAUACAUAUAUAUGCAUACACACAACACACACACACACACACACACACAUAUAUAUAUAUAUAUAUAUAUAUGAAUGAAAGAAUGAUA